CGGGCAAAGUGUUUUGCGUUAAAUUUAUAUAAUACGAUAAAACGAUAUGCUACCAAACCGUACUGGUGAUAAGAAUCGUAUAUUAGUAUAAAACAUAGUUCUAGCUUAUCUGUGUGAGUGUGAUUUGUCCAGUGUCGCAGCUUGAAGUAUUUAUGCAAAGGGAGAAGAAUGCUGGUAGGGAUGUUUGAAGGGAUAACUGAAGUGAAGGCGAACAGCCUUUUGAAAUAUAACGAGCAAAGCAACCUAUGGACAUACGGUACAUUACUCUAUUUUUAUCCGGAAAUGGCCUGGAAAAAUGUACACAGUAAUGUGUACAAACGAAUUAUAUUGUCAUUUAAAGAAAAUAAAACUGAACUAGAACUGCACAAUUAAAAUGAAUUCGUGGUCCGAAAAUUCAAAAUUUAUGCUUUUCCGCCAAUCGACUGCAUUUGCGUGCAUUGCUGUCAAACAUGGUCUGUCUGUGUGUUGGUGUGUAUGUUUACAAACGUAAGCCGUCAAAACGAAAGUUGCGCUAGUCUUUUGUACGACUUCGCGACGGGGAAAUUAAUUUAUGGGCCGAACUGAUACGGGAUAUCUGGUAUGCGUGCGGUAACUCCGAAAAAGUGAUCCCUGCACCGUACUGUCGUCGUGUUCAGCUUGAUCCGCUUUCCGUGAAAGAUGUGUACCGUGUGAAAUUAAUCCGGACUGGACGGUCAAGAGAAUUUAUUAUCACUGCCGUCUUCGUCAUCGUUGAACAAUCAUCCGAAUUGUUGCUGAUUGCCGAAGAAGACAGGGCUAGAGGAGUUGGUAGGAUUUUGAUAAGAAGAACUAAGGUCCAUCAUAAUUUCUUGUCUAUUGCACCGGAAAUAACGAUCGUUCUUAGGUGCUUCCGGACCAUUAUGGAUGAUAUAGACAAUAUUAUUCUGCACUCAUUGCGUCAGAUCGAUUGCGAUCUCGAUGAAGAUAUACAGGGUUUGGAACCGUUUACGCCUUCUAUAUUAGUGCGAACCGUUUCAAAAUGUUUGCUACUAAUCGAUCCAUCGCUGGAUUUGCCGCACACACUUCCGCCCGGAAUGGCACAAAGGUUCACCGUUACCGCACGACUAGCGGAAGCUUGUUCGACCGUCGGAUACCGGCGAGACAUCGGCUAUCAAACGUUCCUGUAUCCAAAUGUGGCCGAAGUGCGACGUGUUUUUAUGUUUCUCAUCGAGCAACUGCCCAAAGACACAACCGAUACGGCGGAUCCGGAAGCACCCUUCGAUCGGGUGACGGAUUUAGAGAACCGUAUCUUGGAGAACAUGCGGCAGCAGUUGCGCGGAUCGUGGCGUACUGAUCCGUCUCCGUUAGAUCUUCGAAACUCGACACUAGGUUGGCCGAACCGUAGUCGAGCUAACAUUCCCUUCGUAACGCAAAGCGAUGUUACGGCCGAAAUUAAAGAAUACUGGCUGCGUCGCAGUGGAUUUUGGGAGGAGGACAAAGACGAAGUCGAUCGCCAGCUGCCGGAAAGUGCUGUUAAGGCGGAUGAAUCUAUUUUAAAGCUACAAGCGUAUUACGCGGAACAUAAAUCGAAAUCUCCUCUCACCGAGGAACUGGAGCAACAUGAAUCGCCAAAUAGUUUCGAUCAGCUUGAUACGCUUCAGCAAGAAAUAGGAAAAAUUAAUACGGCCAUUAAAGAGACUGAAGGCGAACAGCGCGAUCUCCAGUCGAAACACACGGCUGUGGGUGAGAAUGUGAAAGCUAUGGAAAAAGUAACUGAAAAGUUGAAAGAGGAAAAAAAGAUCAAAGAACGAACGCACAUCUUGUUGGAAAAUCCUGAGGUGAACGUGGCCAAACUGGAGUCAAUCAUUGCCGCUGCCGGUGAGAAGAUGAAAAAGUUACAAAGCCAAUGGGAGUCACAUCGUGCACCAUUGAUGGCCACCCUGCAGGAACAUCAAGCCAAAAAUUCGGAUCAAGUCAGUAAAUCUCAGAAAGUGGUCGACCAGAUUGAGUCCGCCCGGCACAAAUCGGAAGACGUCAUCGUUGACCUGCAAACGAAGAGCGCCCUACACGCCAGACUGGUGCAAGAGUAUGAGCGAAUGGGUAAAACGGUUAGUCGCACGGCAUACACGAGCCGAAUUCUGGAGAUCGUGGGCAACAUACGCAAGCAGAAGACUGACAUCGACAAGAUUCUGCACGAUACGCGUAGUCUUCAGAAGGAGAUCAACUCAAUCACUGGUCAGCUCGAUCGUCAGUUUACCGUAACGGAUGAUUUGAUCUUUCGGAAUGCAAAGCGAGAUGAGUACUGUAAGCGUGCCUACAUCUUGCUCGUCGCCCUGCAUACCGAGUGUAGCGAGCUGAUCGCGCUGGUGCAAGAUACCGGCACCGUGAAGCGGGAGAUUCGCGAGCUAGAAGAUCAGAUCGAGCAUGAGAAGGAUCGUAACGUAGCGGCAAAUUUGACUCAGAUCGGACAAGAUCUGGAGGAAAUGCAGCAGGAAAGCCGACGGUUGGAGGAAGCCAUACGGCAGAUGGAAAUGUCCGCGGCAUCGAACGGAACGAAGUAAGACUUUAAAUCAAUGUCUUUUCGACUAAGACGAUUGCACGCAAAUAGGGAUAAUAAAAUGUGAUAUAUUCCUCAAGCAGGA